AUGUCUUCUAUUGAAAUUACAACCCAGUCUGAUGACGGCACCCAUCUGAAGGCCAGAAUCUUCUACGAAAACGGGAAGAUUAUACGCGAAGCCACUCGAAAGUUCGGGGAAGUACAUGUUUACUUCACCAACAUGUUGUUCACAAGUAUGCUAGACUCAUAUACAUAUGCUCUCUAUACCAAUGUGCUUGGUUGGCAAAUGGUACAAAUUGAGGUCUUCCUCCCUGCCAUGCGCCAGGAGAUCAAGGACCUAUCAAAUCAUCUUUACACUCACGUUCACUUUGUGUAUGGACGUAAGCCGCAGAAAUAA